AUGUCGUAAACACUAUUUAUUGUCGUUUUGCUCUUUUUGCUUCUAACUUUUAUAGGAUUAUAUUUGAGAAAAUAUUUUAGAAACAAACCUUUGACAAUCUAAAAUUAAGGUUUAGGAGAGAUAAAUUCUGAUUAUCCUAUCAGUUUUCCCAAUCAAGUAGUUAAAUCUGAUUCUAAAAAAAAUUCAAAUCAGAAGUAAAAUAUUAAAAUGAAAGCAUCUAAGACUACAGUUACAAUUAGCAAAAGUAAAAAAUAGAAUCCAAGAAAAGUUAAAUAGUCAGAAUUAGAGGAUGCAUUUUAAUUUGAUGCUGAUAGUGAAAAUGAGAAUGAAAGCAUUAGAAAUUAAGCCCUUAGUGAAAAAUAAUAAUCUUAAAAUUAGAGAGAAUAAGAAGGGUUUAAUUUUUAAUUAACAUCACAUAAUCUAUAAGAAUUAAUAAUUCCUACUUAAGGAAUGUGUUAGGAAGUUUGA